UCCAUAUCUUUCCAGAACAAUGUCCUGCAGACUACCGAGAAACGCGGACAGGUGUGUCAGAACUCGAAAAAUAUGCCAAUGAUACACCGGACCUCCAACGCCUACGUGCGCCCUCAGUAUUGCAUGCAAAAGGUGCGCCCACACCUGCAUGUUUUAUAGGCCGCGCGGAACCCGAAAAAACCCAAAUGCAAUGGUGAGGAGGCUCGACUUGCGAAGCGGCACCGUCCCCGUGGCGAGUGUCGCCCGAACCGGGUGCAGGGCGUCGUUGCAGUUUCUGAGACGGCGUUGCAGUUCGCGAGUAGAGUCGUCAGGGGUGUUUUUUUUGCGAGUUUGUUGCUCCUGUGUUUCCUCGCGCCGAUUCGCGUUGCCGUGGCACGGACGCGCGUAUCCGAACACCGUUGCAGAGUUGUGGACUGCCGGACACGAGGUAGGAGUUUGCUUGAAGAGCCUGGUGUCCAAGGUGUGACGGACGCUUCUCUCGAAAGCGGAGUUUGUGUCGCGAGAGAUUCGUGUGUGAAAAGACCGAUGCAGACGCGUGGUCUGUUUUCCUCUCUUCCACUCGAGAGUUUUACGCUCUCUCCGCACGCGUUGCGUUGUCUCGUCCCCGCAAGCUGCAGGAGUGAGAACGGCGUCGCGGACGCACUCGUUCAAAACACUGCUCCAACUUGCUUCAAACCCCUGCACAACGCGUCGCGGUUCCGGCGUCAGUACACCGCGUUCUCGAGAUGGCGUUGGACGCUGAGACCCAGUUCUUGAGAAUGGACAGACAGAAGCGGGAGGAGAUUCUCGUCGCGCUGCUCAGCAGAACGCGCACUUUGUCCGAGCUCUCCGACCUCGCGCAGAAACUCUUCUCCUCUGCUGGAGGUUUUCCCGGAAACUCGGAGUUCCCGACGGAUGUUCGGCGUGCAGCCGAGCCGAGUUCCCGUCGAACGCCAGUCGGCCCCUCGGGGUCCAGCGGCCCUUCAUGUUGUUCGCGAAACGGCCUGCCUUCCGCCCACGGCAGAAAAGGCGCGUUCUCCGAAGACGCCCUCCAACUCCUCCGCUACAAGUUGGCUUACGGCGCGGAGGAAGCCGGUCGCUCCCACCACGAGGUUUUCCCCUGCAGUGUCGCGUCGGCCGGCCCGUCUGCCCUUGCGCGCCGCAGUCCAGGUCCGUCGCGAUGGCCGUUGCAACCAGCCAGAGAGAGAGAGGGUGAGCGCGUGCAGGACGCGUCUCCGGAGUUCUGCGAGUUGGACAGACGCGCGAACGCGUGCUCGUCGUUCCCCUACUUUUUCUCCAAGUCGCGUGAAGUGCGUGAGGACAACGAGCCUCGGUGGCCGAAGCCAGUCUUCUCCGACGAGGAGAGUGCGAGUGAGGACCAGCAAACCACCUGCUCGUCUGUGGCGUCGACCGACUCGCUCAAGUCCCGACUCUUGCCUGCAGCGAUUCUCCGCGCUCUCGCACAGCCGCUCCGACCGCAGAGAUGCGCGUACGAGGAGGAGGACGCCCAUGAGGUGCCUUCGUUUCCGCGCUCGACUGCGCCCGAAGCCACGUACACUUCCUCCCUGGCUCUGCUGGAACGUGUGCUUGCAGAGCUUCCCGCGACGCGGCGCUCGGCAGCUGUCUCGGCGCGCUUCGAAGGCUCCGAGAGACGGAACACCACUGCGUUCGCUGCGCCCUUUUGCGACAGAGAGGCAGGCGCAACGGCGAGGGGGAAGGCACAAGCUGUAAACGAAGAACUCCGGAACUCAGGCGACGAGUGGCGCCAAGAACGCGUCCCCAUCAAGAACGAGCGCGAAGUUUUUUCGGGGCAAGAAGCGGCUCUGAAGCUGGGAUUGGUGCAGAAACUGUCGGAAAAGUGGGAGGAAGACUCGGUGCACUCGAGCCCGCCCGCGUCGGCGGCGAACCCCCGACCCAGUUCUACGGGGAAGCGGUCCCGACCUCCUCCCUUCAUCUCUCACUGCGAGGACGGCAGAAGCUCGCGGGCAAACGGCGGCUUCGAACUGGACGCAGAGCUGGAGAGAGGCGGUAAACGGCAUGCGUCUGAGAGCCUCGUGUCGCAGAGACCGUCGCUGUCUCGGCGGUGGGCGUGGGAAAGCGAUCCAGAGUUCGUGAUCGACGACCCGGCGACGUGGACGAAGGACUCGACAGCCAAGUACAUCGACGACCUGAUUCUCCACGGUCCCCCGCAGUGCGACUUCACGAACUUCGUGCCACCCUUGACGAACAGGCGAAGGUUCUCACUGCGAGAACUCUUCCUCACGAUCGGCGGCAGACGCCAGGACCGCAAAUGGAUGCUCUACUCGCAGCAGGCGGACGCCGUCUUUUGCUUUCCGUGUCUGCUGUACUCUCCCCGCGUCUCCAAGUUCGUCAGCGACGGCUUCUGUCUGUGGCGAAACCAAGGGAAGCGGUAUCGUGAGCACGAGACGUCGUCGGAGCACCGUGCUGCAGUCAUGAAGCUCGACAUGCGGCGCAAAGCCCUCACGGAGGGCUGCGUCCUACCUCUCCAGAAAGUUUCGCGCAGGAGUGGACUCUUCCCAGUGGAGGACCACGGAGUCUGUGCCAAGCGAGCAGCUUGCUGUGUUCUCAAAGAAACGUAAGCUGUGAAAACGAGCAAACUGGCGGCGUCUGGAGCGUCGCAGGCAGUGCACAACGUGGCGAGAUAGCGCACCCAUGGAGGACGAACAACCCGUGAGUCAGUUUCGCCGACUUUUGCGCGCUCGUGGACUCAAGUGAACGCCCAAGUGAUAGGACGCUGCGGAGCCAGAAGCUAUCGCGUUUUCGCGCUUGAGAAACUCACGAGGAAACACUGACGCCUCGUUCAAGCCGCGCAAGUAAGGACAGGAUCCCCUCCUGUUGUAAAAAGAAAUGGAAAGUGUUUCCAGGCGCAGAGCCGAAAAGUGCGGUUCACAUCCAAAUGGAAAUCCUCGAAAGUCGUAGAAGCGAAAACGGCCCCCAGAGGAGUCGGCUCCCGUUCGUACUUGAUUGAGGUCGGCGUUUUGUGGGGAAGAGGACUUCCAGAGAACUAUAUGAGCAGGGAUUGGGAACUUUUUUGAGAGUCAUGCGGGGAAGAUUGGAAUGUGUUUAGAUUUCUUUGUGGGGAGUUCCGGGAAAGCGGGGACUUCCAGAACUUUUUGGGAACUAUAUGUGCGUGGAAUGUGUUCACAAGUUUUCGUCCAUCAUUCGAAUAAAUAGAGAGAACGUGUUUGAGAGUUUUUGAGGAUACUCGAAGAAGGCAGGGCUGCGUUCGAGCGCUUCUUGAGAGCGAUGCGAGGGUUUACCGCUCUUUCAACGCAUCUGACGGCGAACGGAGGCUGCAAACGGGAGGGCGUUGUGAAAGCGGCCUGAAGUGCUCUUCUGCAGCUAGGCCUCGUUUCUCUCUUUGCUUCAGUAUGUGCAGUCCGGGAUUCGUGAAUAUCUGACAGUGUGUUGGUAUGCAGAAGAGGAGCGUGGGUGCGGGUGCAGUGAAGUGUUCGGGAUAAGCUGCGAAAGAGUGCGUUCGAGAAAGUAGACGUGCCCUCCCGCACCCAGGAAAAAGUCUCCAAAAGGCGCGUCGGCAAAGAGAGUUUUGCGUUCCGGGGAAAAAACUUUCGCUCCGCGGCGCGAAGAAAUGCCACACAGUGUUUUGAGGCCGCACGCGGGGUGUACAUACACCUGAGUGUUUGCGGGUGCGCAGUCUGAAAGUGGACUGGACUCCCGACUGGAGAACAUCUUUCGAAAGGCGUGUGUAUGCUGCCCCGCUCUCGGACACGGGCUGGCUUCUCUCCAUAGCAAGCGUCUUUUGGUGACGGGUAAAAGAGGUCUGCGUUCGUGGCGACGCGGAAUUUUCUCGAAAUGAAAAACAUCUGAGAAAAACGAGUGGCGGCCAUAGGGGAGUCUCGGCGACUAUGACUCCAGCCUCGAGGCGCACUUUUGCGAUGUGUAGGAAAGCGUUCAAGGGGAGUGGACUGCCGGUGUGUAUAGGGUCCGCAGUCUGAGGUAGAGAUGAAGUUUGCGUCUCCUGGGAUGAUGAAAUUUUCGUAGCACAUCGGGAUUGGAGAACCACACUCGCGGGUUUCUUUGUAUGCUGUGUGAAUCUUGUCGUAUUUUGUCACGUUCGUGUAUUUUUAUUCUCUUGCUUUUCGUAUGGAGAGAACGAAACGGCUCUCCGCGUCUUCCAGAAUUCGCAAAGCUGCUUCGACGCGUGGAGGACGAAGUUUUUCAAGUUUCCGCGUAGUCAAGCUUUUGGGUGACACAGCGAAUUCGUUUCCAAAUGUGUUCCGUGUCUUUUGUCGAACGUCUUCCUCCGUCUAUUUGAACCAGUGAAGUCUCAUCCAAGUCUCUUCUAUCCCGAAACGAAUUCAGCACUCUGCCCUCUCGAAUUCAAUUCGUCAAGCAGACUUUUUUCUCUCAAAUACAAUUUGGUAA